GUGCUACUGCAGUUCUUGGUAUCGACUUACAGAAUACUGCUGAAGGCAUAAGCUUUAAAAUACAAUGCUCCUAGGUCCACUCUCAGAAAGCUACUGAUCUGGGAACUGCCCUAAGGAAAAAAUUGGAAAUAUCGCUGUGCUACAUCCUCUCUGCAGGUUGUUCCCCUCUCGCAUCCGAGACCGACGCGGGCAACACCUGCUUCGCCCUCCCACUGCCAUUCCAUUCAGGAAAACUGAUACCAAGCACCCAACUCGAAUUCCGCCCAGCAUGCCGGACCCUGCAAAUGUAGAGCCGUCCCUCGACGUUGCGAGGGAAGUGGUCGCCAAAUCGCAAAAUUCUCAGUAUCCGCCGAAUGUGCUUCCCCUGACCGCCUCGAUCCCCGCAGACCUUAUCACUCCGACUGUUGCGUAUCUGAAGAUUGCUGCAAAGUCGAAGCUGUCGUUUCUAUACGAGAGUGCAGCAACCACUGAGACAAUAGGCCGAUACAGCUUUUUCGGCGCAGACCCUAGAAAAGUCAUCAAGACCGGCCUCGGCCAUGGCCCUGAGUGCGACCCGCUCCCGAUUCUCGAGAAAGAGCUGUCUGAAGUUCGCAGCGCAACGAUACCAGGGCUGAAGCUCCCCGCUGUGACCGGCGGUGCCAUUGGAUAUGUCGGAUAUGACUGUGCACGGUACUUUGAGCCCAAGACAGCUCGCCCACUCAAGGACGUGCUCGGAAUCCCUGAGUCUCUCUUUAUGCUCUUCGAUACCACUUUUGCGUUUGAUCACUUUUUCCAGAUUAUCAAGGUCAUCACGUAUAUCCCGAUCACGGAUGGUGGUGCCAACUUAGAGGAGGCAUAUCAAAAGGGCCAAGGGACCAUUCAAGAGGCAAUCAACACCCUGCUACACCCAGAUAUCCCCCUCCCACCGCAAGACCCGAUUCUUCAGAAUCAAGAGUAUAAAUCGAAUAUCGGCCAAGCAGGCUACGAAAGCCAUGUGACAAGACUCAAAGAGCAUAUCAAGGUCGGAGAUAUCUUUCAGGCCGUGCCGUCGCAAAGACUGGCCCGCCCAACCUCCAUACACCCGUUCAACCUGUUCCGACACCUCCGUUCCGUCAACCCUUCGCCGUAUCUGUUCUUUGUUGAUUGCGGUGACUUUCAGCUCGUGGGUGCGAGCCCGGAACUGCUAGUCAAGAAUGAAAACGGCCGUAUCAUCACCCACCCAAUUGCCGGUACCGUCAAGCGAGGCAGGACGUCCGAGGAAGAUGAAGCCCUGGCUGCCGAGCUACGAGGCAGCUUGAAAGACCGCGCUGAGCACGUCAUGCUCGUCGAUCUGGCUCGAAAUGAUGUGAACCGAGUGUGCGAUCCCAUCACCACGCAGGUCGACAGACUGAUGGUUGUCGAGAGAUUCUCGCACGUUCAGCAUCUUGUCUCUCAAGUAUCUGGUGUCCUUCGCCCGGACAAGACGCGAUUUGACGCCUUCCGGUCCAUUUUUCCUGCGGGAACUGUCUCUGGAGCUCCCAAGGUGCGCGCUAUGCAGCUCAUCGGUGAAUUGGAAGGCGAGAAACGCGGUGUGUAUGCUGGUGCGGUGGGCUACUUUGGAUACGACAGGUCCAGCCAGGACGGAUCGAGCAAGAUUACAGGCGACAUGGAUACCUGCAUUGCCUUGCGCACGAUGGUUCUAAAAGACGGCGUUGCCUAUCUGCAGGCUGGCGGCGGUAUCGUCCUUGAUUCUGACGAGUAUGACGAGUACGUGGAGACUUUGAACAAACUGGGUGCCAAUAUUGCAUGCAUCAAGGGCGCCGAGAAAAAAUACCUGCUGUUAGAAAAGGAGGCUGCGGCUGCCAAGUAG